GUCAGUCGAGAGGACCGUACGUGGAGUCUUACCGGGCCUAAGGAGUCAAUCCAUUUCAGCGACGUGGAAGGUACUGGGCAUCUUGUCAGAAGACCUAGAACAUGAAGGCCACCGUUGAAGUGUGCGUCAUCUUGAUCGGACUUGCUGUGGUGACGUCCGUUAAGGGGCAGUAUCCCCCACCACCACAACCAUCACCACCAACUCCCGCACCGACGAUGGUGAACGCUACUUCAAAUGCGACACAGGUGAAUGCAACCACCACGACCAACGCAACUGAAGCGUCAGCAAACUCAUCGUCUGUGGACUCAAGGGCUUUGGAAUGUCGUACAUUUUUUGUGUCUAUCAAACUUGAGAAAGCCCCUCCCCCUUCCGACAGCGAGCCAUACCAUGAAAUGAAAUGCCAUAUCUGCGAGAAUCUUCGCAUGAUUUACCGAUGCUAUCCGUGCUUCUCAUCUUUGGAAUUCCAGAAUGUCACAACCGACAACAACUUGUCAUACGCCAAUAUCAUCAUGAAGUUCAGUUGCAAUGAGGCACAUUUGCGAGUACUGGAAGCGAUUCUCAAACCUGGAAGCAUUGUAACACCAGAGUGCCGUGAUCAAAUCUUUCACCCACCCCCACCCCCAAAGGAGUGUCACGCAACGUCAACUUGCGCAUGCGCAGUUCCUGUCUGCACCGGAAGCGUGCCUUAUGAGGUGACGCCCUACCCCGCGCCCUGUCCGGUUCACUAUCCUGUCCAAGUGGUCCAACAGCAGCAACCCGCAGCUCCUAUUGUUGCUCCAGAAAUCCACCACCCUCCACAAGUCGUUGUUCAUACGCCAUACGAACAGCAACAACUUACCCCGGUCCAUACUCCAUUAGAGCCGGUCCAUACAUCAUCGAAAUCGGUCCAUACUUCACCACAAUCUGUUCAUACUUCUCAAGUCCAUAAUGCAGCUCAACAGGUCAAUAAUGAAGCCCAACCGGUCCAUAUUCAGACGUAUCCUGUAGUAGCUCCUCAAGUUCCGGUUUUCUAUCCCUUCCCCUACCACCCUGGAUUCUAUCAUCCUCUGGGAUACUCCGGACACGGAGAGAUAAACAACAAUCUUAGCGAUCAGCCGGAAUCAGAGGAGGGGAGUGCUACGGUAGAGCUGACCCAAGAGCACCAAGAGGCUUCACCCCCUCCCCCUCCUGUACAAAUCAUCGGACACACCUUCGUUUGGCCACCAGCAUCUGCGCCUGCGCCGGCCCAAGAGCUCCACCGCGAAGAGAACAAGCAGGAAAACAGAGAACCCGAAGGCGAAGACACGAGACACGAAACUCAUGCCCUGCCGCAGCCCAUAUAUCAGCUCCCCUACCCCUACAUGGUCCCCUACCCUUACCUCUACAGCCACGCCUACAACCCAAGGUACCCCGGCUACCCCCCGGUAGCGUACCCCAUGGCCGUGCCCGUCGCCCAGUGCCCUUUCGCCUGCGACAGGGCUUGUGCUCCCACGUGCUCCAGGGCGUGCUGUAGGUCCCAGUACUUGGCGGCGAGGAGCCGGUUUAUUCAGAGUUUGAAGGGGCCUGGUGCGAGACGCUACCGCAAUCCUCUGUAUGGAAGGCGCCGCUAGUCAGGGGAGAAAAGUUGUGGAAUAAAUGUACUGUAUUUAUGUCGAGGAUUUAACUUAUUCUUGCUCCCUAUGCAUUCGCAUUACGCCAUUUGGCGCAUACACCUAUUUCAAAUAAAGUACCACUCAGAGUU